GAUCCGGCCCAGCCCGACCAACCCUUGCCGACGUAGCAGGGCUGUGCAUAAAUAUCCGUCAUGACUGCAAGGGAGAUCAAGCUUUGAUUUCAACAGCGCCUGAGCAGCCUCUGAACCAUGAGAGAAGCCACUGUGUGUUUGAGAGAGAUGGCAUGCGUGAUGUGUAUAAAUAGUUCCGAUAUCCACAUGGACAAAAAUGCAAAUAAGAAUAGAAACUGGAGGACACGAUUAAGCUAUUUACUGAAGAACUCAACUUCACCAAGAAAAAGAUAUAACAAGCCAACAGUUGAUGAGCUGGACCAGUGGGCCCAGUCACUGGACAAACUACUGAGUAGUAGAUAUGGGAGAAUCGCCUUUCAAGUCUUCCUAAAGUCAGAGUUCUGUGAGGAGAAUUUGGAGUUUUGGCUCGCCUGUGAAGACUUCCAACAACUAAAGUCACCCAACAAGCUUGCCUCUAGGGCCAGAAGCAUCUAUGAAGAGUUCAUCAAGUGUGAAUCGCCAAAAGAGGUCAACCUGGACUUCUACACAAGAGAUGCCAUUGAACAGUCUCUGCACAUCCCAUCUUUGUCAUGCUUCCGUGCUGCCCAGACCAAAGUGUACGGCUUGAUGGAGAACAACUGCUAUCCUCGCUUCAUCCUCUCCUCACUCUACAGUGACCUCCACACAGUGGCAAAGCAGAGGGACAGAUCUUUGAAGGCUCAAUGAAAACAUGGAGCGGAGAUCUGUAGCUGAAAUGCUUCCAGCAUACUUUUACAAUGUUGGGGGUGUUUGACAAGAUGCCUUGCAAGGCCAUACCAGCAACUGGUGGCCUUUUUUUUUGGUGCAAAAUGCCAAAUAUGGGAUGUUGACUGAUUCGCCAUGCCAGGAAAAGAACACUCAAGUGAGAUUUUCCCCUCCACUAAUGUUGAAUGUGGUCUCUGGUCCGCUGAUGUGUGGCAUACGACUGUGAACAGCUAACAUUUAAUCCUGCAAAAUCUUUUUUUUUUAAUAUACUUUUAUUUAUUUUAUAUGGAAGGAGAGUUAUAAAGAUGUCUUUGUUUAUGUAAAUAUGGUACAAUGUUUGGGUCUGCCAAGUAUUAAUGUUUAAUCUGUCAUAACUGCAUUUAGAAUUUCCAUUGCACCAUUUGGCCACUUUCGUUGGCGUUUCCAUAAUGUACUACAUUUGCAUCAAGAUAAACAGAGUUUUAGUUUACGCACUCCGGGGUCUGUGGGAACUUCUCUGCCAGUGCCACUGAAGAGGACACAAGGGAAAUUCCUUUUAUGGUUUCACCCACGGAAUCCCCCUGAUCUUAACGGAGGCAGCUGGACUGCCAGAGCACACUUUUGGAUGAAAGGAGUUUUAUGUUAUGACCUGACUGUAUUUUUACCAUCAAUAAUAUGUGACGUUGCAAACCAAA